CGUACGCAGUCCCCUCACCUGACGCCGAUGAGGACAGGUGGACAGAGGCGGGAGUUUUGUCAGCCGUCCUGCUGUCACAGCAGAACGGAACCAGCCCAAAACUGAGGAGGGCGGGGUCAAAGAAAGAACGAGGAAUUUCCUGUUGAGCUACGACAACACAGGAAGAUGAAUGUGGGCGUGGCUCACAGCGAGGUGAACCCCAACACGAGGGUGAUGAACAGCAGAGGAAUAUGGCUCACCUACCUGCUGCUGACCGUCGUGUUGCACAUCGUCUUGCUCAGCAUUCCUUUCUUCACUGUACCGCUCGUCUGGACUCUUACUAACGUCAUCCACAACCUGGUGAUGUACCUGUUUCUUCACACAGUGAAGGGCACUCCCUUUGAGACACCAGACCAAGGCAAAGCUCGUCUCCUCACACACUGGGAACAGAUGGACUACGGUGUCCAGUUCACAUCUUCACGCAAAUUCCUCACUAUCUCACCAAUUGUUCUGUAUAUUCUCGCCAGUUUCUACACAAAAUAUGAUCCCACGCAUUUCCUCAUCAACACAAGCUCCCUUCUUAGUGUCCUCCUCCCAAAGUUGCCUCAGUUUCACGGAGUACGGAUAUUUGGGAUCAACAAAUACUGACAGUACCGACUGAACACUGGAUGUUAACCACCAACAAUGGACUUCUAGUUUUCUGGUCCUGCUGAACUACUUUUAUGUUUAGAGGUUAAGGGGAAGAGAACCAGUUGGAUUUGUCUCAACUGUACAGACUGUGUGGAGUAAUAUAUGAUUGAAGUUGCAGUUUGAGCUGCCUCUUGUAGCCUGAAAAAAAGUAAAUGCACUGCUGCUGUUAUGAAAGUAAUUAUUUUCUUUACUGACAUUCCUGAUGUAUAUUUGACACUUUGGCUUCAAGAAGGCGCAAAUUUGAACCGCUUUCGAUUGUGAUGUUUAUUCAUUACUCGUCUGUCUCAGAUGAUUUCUGUUACAAACUGCACUGGCUGCACGUCUGUAAAACUGUCAGGUUGUUGCCAUAAAUGUGAAUGGAUUCAUUGCGGCAGUGUGGUUUAUGUUCUGAAUGACACUUGCACGUUUCUGUUUUCUUUCAUGCCUUAUCUUGAUUUACUGUGAAGGAUUUCUAUGCAGCAUGCAUUUACACGCUAUCACACAUGAUCAUGUAAUUUACUGUUUUCUAAAGCUUUACGUUGUUUCGCACUUAUAAAAUGAGCAGUAAGAGCUA